AUGGAAAAUUAUUAAGAUGAACAGAAAGGGGUAGAAUAAAUCUAGUAACUUUAAUUUAAUUAUGAAAUUUUAUUAAAGGAUGCAAAUUCUAACUCAAACUCUUCUAUUGAUGAGCUAUAAAAAAAAUCAUCUAUUGAAAAAUCAACAAGAAACUCAAUAGUUACAAUUGAUUAUUAGAAUCAUGUAAAUCAAUUAUUAAAAUAAUAUGAAAUAUUGAACUAAUUUUAAUUGAACAAUAAGGUUGAUGGAAAAAAUGUUAAUAUAAAUUUUUAAAAUUUUUGGGUUAUCGAAUAAAUUAUUGUAGAUCCUCAAAUAGCAGAAUACUCUUUGAAAAUUGGCUUAGCAACUCUAUUACUAUUAAAAAGCAAUUUGAAAGGCUCUCUUUACUGUCUAUCAAAAAUCAUUUCUUUUCGAAAUGCAAAAAUUACUUAAUAGCUUUUAGACCUUGAUUGGUCAUUAUUAUAUUUAGAUGAGUUGACAGAAGAAAAUUUAGAAUUUUUAAUUUAAAACUCAGAUUUAAAAUGCAUGUAAUAAUUAUUAUUCUCUAAAAAUAAGAUUGAUUUGAUUUUGAAUAUUAAAUCGGAUUAUAGCAAUAAAAUACUAAAAAAAAUAUUUACUUGUUUAGAUUCUUAUUGCUUCAACUACAAUUAUGCAGAAAUUCUUUAUCAAAAGAAAGUUAUUGAUAAAAUUUUAAAAUAUUUAUCUGUUGCCAACUAAGAAUGCUUUUAAUUAAUUGGUUCAUUAUGUUUAUCUUAAAAUGCUCAAAAUGAAAUUUUAGAAACCGAUAUUUAAAAAAAACUAUUUUAAAAUCUCAAAAGUAAAAACUCAUAGAUUGUUGCUAACUCUUAUUAUGCAUUAUCUGGAAUCUGUUUUAAUUAAUCGUAUUUGUAGCUCAAAUUUGUUAAUUCAGAUUUACCAAAGUUCAUGAAAUCUCACUUAUCUUAAGCAUCUGAAGUUUGUAUUAUAGAUUCUUUGUCUUAAUUAAUUUCAAAUUUAACGUAUAAUAAUGAUCAGGUUAAACAAAUUCUUGGUGAUUUUAUCCCAAUUUUAAUUGAAAUAGUCUUAAAUUUUCUUUAAUAUCUCAAAGAUAAAAAAUAAUAAAAAGAGUAAUAUUUUAAAGGGAUAAAGUCACUCUUAAGAGCACUUUGUAAUCUUAUUUUUAUAAAAACUAAUGCAAUAUUAGCCUGCGAACAUAAUUUAGCAGGACUCUGUUCCUUUCUUUAUUCAAAUGAAUUGAUUAUUACAGAAUAUCUUGAUUUAUUAAUAAAUCUUGGUAUUCAUUAAUUGAUGAAUUAAUAAUUGCUAAUAUCUCUUGAUAAUUUAAUACAAACAUAGUAAUAUCAAGAGCAUUUGAUAAAAAUAAUAGAUAGUAUAAUUAGCUCAGCAAAACAAUUUAGCAAGUUUAUAUGCUCAGAAUUUAACUUAGUAACAUACAAAAAUAUUUUAAAAUAACAGACUGAAAAUCAUUAAAUCAUUUAAAAAAUAUAUAAAUUAGUUAGCAUUUUGUUGAGUGAAAAAUAAAACUUUAUUUAUUUAUAGGAAUGUGGACUAAUUGAUGAGAUUAAACCAUUUUAGCAUAUUAAUAUUUAGUAUUAUUAUGAAAAAAUUUAGAACUAAUUACAAGAAAUAACACAUAUGUCAAGAAUCUUUGGAAAUCUAGAUGAAAAAUCUGAAUAAUUAUUUGACAUUAAAGUUGUUAAAGGUAAUAAUAAGUUAAAUAAUGCUAUCUUAUAAAUCAAAAAGGAUUAAAUUUCUAUCUCAUAAAAUGGAAUUACUAAAUCUAAGUAUAUAAUUUAAAAACUCAAAGAUAUAUUAGAUUUAGAGAUUGAAUAAAAGGAAUUUAAAAACAUUCUUUAAAUUAAAAAUAUUCUAAGAUAUUAUUGUUUAGGUUUAAUUGGCUAUUCAAAAUCAUAAAUGAAUAAAAUUAUAAUAUAAGCUCAGAACUAGUAAUAAAAAUAAAAAAUCUUUCAGCUACUUUAACAAUUUAUAUCUGAUUAAGUUAAAUAAUGA